AUGCGCAGUGUGUGGGAGAUAGAGGAAAUUCGGUCGGUUGAGAGAUUUUCGUCGAAAUGGACGGCUACAGCCAGGUCCAGUCAGAAAAGACGAACCAGAGAAACUCCGAGGGCUCGGCGCUGCUGGGAUCCCGCGCCACUCUUGCCUCGACCAACAAGACUACGGCUCUGGGCUCGCCGCCGAUCGACUCGUGGGAUGACAGCCUCGUACCGCACCACAGGAGCAAGAGAUCGGAGCACAGCACAAGUAAUUCCCAGACCCUGGCCCAUCUCCUGAAGGGAAACAUAGGCACGGGACUACUUGCACUGCCGCUGGCCGUCGAAAGAGCUGGAGUCCUAGUGAGCUAGUGCACAACUAGCACAUUCGCAGAGGAAGCGGUGAGGUCAGAGCUAGAUGAAGCCUGUGUGUGUGUGUCCCUGCAGGUAGGUGGGCUGGGGCUGCUGGUGCUGGGGGUCGUGGCAUCGCACUGUAUGAUACUUCUGCUCCAGAGCUCACGGACUCUUUGCAAACUGAGAGGGAAGGAGAGUCUGGACUAUGCCCAGACCACAGGAGAAGCUGUUACCUAUUUCCUAGAGGAGCAGAACCUGUUGAGAAACAAGAGACUGUUUCUCAAGAAAGCCAGCGGGGUUCUAAUCAACUUCUUUCUCAUCACAACUCAGUUUGGAUUCUGCUGUGUGUAUUUCGUGUUCAUUGGCAUCAGUUUCCAGCAGGUUCUGGAGGAUGUGUACGGUGUGUCACUGAGAAAAGAGGUGGCGAUUGCCAUAUUUGUGCCUCUGGUCAUCGUUGCAACUUGGAUAAGAAAUCUGGACGAGCUCGCCCCUCUCUCCACCAUUGCAAACAUCUGCAUCGCCUUUAGUCUCCUGGUCAUUGUCUAUGACGAGAUGGAGAGAUUUCUCACAGACAGAGAGGACAUCAAAGCAGCUGUGAGGGUGCCAGGUGGAGUAAAACUGGCCACGUAUCAGACUCUGCCACUGUUUUUUGGCGGAGUGGCGUUUGCCUUCGAAGGGAUUGGAGUGGUUCUACCGCUGGAAAACAAGAUGAGGAGACCGGAGCACGCCGUCUCCGUGGUGACAGUUGGCAUGACGAUGGUCGUCUUGCUCUACAUGUUUUUCGGCGUGCUUGGCUACUUGGCCUUCGGGGCUAAAAUUGAAGCCAGCAUUACCUUCAACCUGUCCAGUGAUAACUCUGUUGAAAAGAUUUUCUUCUCGCUGGCCAAGCUGUACUAUGCCUACGCCAUAUUUGCCGGGUACCUGCUGCAGUUCUACGUCCCGAUGGACUUCCUUGAGGUUCCGCUCUAUUCGAGACUGAGACUCCACCAUCUGGAGUACCGGUUUCCUCACCGCCGUAACUGGGUCUUCUCCACUUUCCAAAUCCUCUUCAGACUAACAGUUGUCCUCAUUACAGCUGGAAUAGCAGUGAGUCUGCCAGACCUGGAGGACCUCAUCAGUCUAGUCGGAGCUUUCUCCUGCAGUGCCCUGGCCUUCAUCAUCCCACCAUGUCUGGAGAUGCUCACUGUAUUUCCCCAGAGGAAGUCUCGGAGAUGGUGGCUACCUCUCUUUGUCAAAGACAUUGCCAUCACUGUAACCGGAAUAGUGGGAUUUCUGUUUGGAACUUACUCUACUCUCGUAAACAUUGUCGAAUAUUUCAGGAAAAACGGAUGAUUGUGUUUUCAUAACCUAUUAUUAUCUGCCAGUUUUAUUAUCAAUGUUCUCUCUUGGUAAAACUAUUAU